AUGGAACCUUAUAACCAAACUUACACAAGCUCCUUCGUCCUUCUUGGCCUCUCAAGCAUCCCAUACCUUCAAGUCAUAUAUUUCCUAAUAUUCCUAAUCAUUUACACCAUCACAUUGUCAGGAAAUGUUCUCCUCAUUGUAAUUGUAAGGAUUGACAGCCAGCUGCACACUCCGAUGUACUUCUUUCUCACCAACCUCUCAUUCAUUGACAUCUGCUUCUCCUCCACCAUUGUGCCUAAAAUACUUGUAAAUACCUUAUCUCAGGACAAAAGUAUUUCCUUCCUAGGAUGUGCCUCACAGAUGUAUUUUUCCCUGGCUCUCGGAGCGACGGAGUGCAUCAUUUUAGCCGUCAUGGCCUACGAUCGAUACGUGGCCAUCUGCAACCCUUUACGAUACCAAAUUAUCAUGCACAAGCGCUUAUGCAUUUCUCUGGUUGCUUUCUCGUGGACCGUGAGCUUCCUGAACUCUAUGAUCCAUGCGGCCUUUACCUUCCAGCUUCCAUACUGCAAGUCCAAGCUGGUCAAUCACUUCUUCUGCGAGAUGCCUCCACUCUUCCGGCUCUCCUGCAGGGACACCUUGUUCAACGAAGUUGCUGUGUACAUCUCCGGAGGGAUCAUCGCUCUUUUUUCAUUUCUGCUGACACUUAUCUCAUAUUUCCACAUCAUCUCCACCAUCCUGAAGAUUCGCUCCAACAAAGGACGAUAUAAGGCCUUCUCCACCUGUGGCUCGCAUCUGGCUGUGGUUUGCCUCUACUAUGGUACAAUUGCUUUUAUGUACUUACGACCUCGGUCCAGCUACUCCCCAGAACGCGAUCGAGCAAUUUCCAUGCUUUACACCGUGGUGACACCGAUGUUGAAUCCCAUCAUCUAUAGCAUAAGGAACAAAGACGUAAAAGGGACUUUGAAAAGGAGACUGGCCAUGAAGUGUUAUAAAUAA